AUGCCAGCCCCAGCAAAGGUUGCUCCAGCUCAGUGCACAAAGUGCCAGUGCCCAGUCACAUCUCUCUUCAACAAGGCCCACCUCAAGUCCUACGCUUGCACAUUCGGUGCCGGCUACAUCUCAGGCAUCUGCGGCGAACUCUUCACACUCGCCCAGGGCAAGAAGCUUACAGCUGCUAACAUCACAGCUCCACAGUUCCGUGACCUUUGCGCCAUCUCUGGUGUCCAGCAGGUUGCUAAGGAACUCUCCAAGAACACAAUCCUUCUUGUCCCAGGUGCUGCUGCUUGGGCCAAGAAGCACCCAUUCUUAUUCGGUGCCUCCACAGGUGUUCCAAUGUGGGCUCUUACACGCCUCUUCGGCACACCACUCCAGAACUCCCGCAAGAAAGGCGUCAAGCCAUUCCAGGGCUACAAGGAUUCCUUCCUCGAUCAGGCUGUCUACCAUACAGUCAAGAACGGCUUAGAUCAGGUUUCUGCCGAUGUCAUCAACCCAAUGAUUGUUCCAAAGGUCAACGGCUUCUGGCCAAAGCGUGCAGUUGAAGGCGUUGUCUCCGGCAUUGUUGGCGCUGGCUGCUACGUCCUCACAUGGCCAUACAAGCUUUGGUUAUCCAAGCAAACACUCCCACAGGCUGUUGCUCUUUGCAACAAGAACUUCAGCAAGGUCUUCAUCAAGAAGGUCUCCUACACAGUUGUUCGCCCACCACUUGUCAAGGCCCUCAACUAA